AUGAGCGCAGCUGCUUCCGGUCCGGUGCUCGUGCUCCACCUGCUGCUGCUCGGCUCCCCGGUGAGCCCCGCGCGCUACUACGGACAGGUAGCGGAGAACUCCCCGGCCGGGACGCCGGUGGACGGGGUGCUGCUCCCGGUGGGAGCCGGCGGCUGCCCCGGCGCGGUCCUCACUGCCCGCCUGACGGGGGACUACGCGUCGGAUUUCAGGCUCAUUCAGCACCGCGGGGACCGGAACCACCGGGGGCACCUGGGUCUGGUCUCCGCCAAAGCGCUGGACCGGGAGUUCAUCGCGAUGUACGAGCUGACGGUGGCGCUGCCGCCGCGGUGCCUGCGGAGACCGGCCGCCGUCCAGGUGGAGGUGUCGGACCGGAACGACAACGCGCCCCGGUUCACCGGAGGGAACCAGACGGUGGAGGCGGACGAGCUGGCGCCGCUCGGCCGAGAGCUGGCCCGCUUCCGCGCGCAGGACGGCGACGCGGAGCGGAACGGACGCGUCACUUUUUACGCGUCGCCGGAGUCUCACCUGCUCCACGUGGUCCCACGGACCGGGCAGGUGAUGCUGGUCGGGUCCCUCCUGGGUCUCGGCCCGGUGACCCUGCGCCUUUACGUGCGCGACGGCGGAGACGCGCCGCUGGUCGGUGAGCCGGUGUUCCUGCGCGUCCACGUCCGCCGCUUCAGCGGAGCGCAGCCGCGGCGGCGGAGACCCCGGGCUCUGACCGAGGAGCGGGUCUACACCGUGACCGUCCCGGACCCCGUCAGAGUCGGGGACCUGGUGUUCACGGUGCCGGACCACAAGUUCGAGCAGCGCUGGUUCGAGGUGAUAUCCGAGGGGGACUCGCUGGUCCAGAUCGAGCGGGACUCGGGGCGCCUGUACCUGGCGCGCGACCUCCUGGAGCCCGCUGAGGUUCUGGUGAAGGUCCACAACCCGCGAGGUGAGGAGUGGUACCUGUGCAGGUUGACUCUGAGCACGUCCAGCCAGGCCGACCUGCAGUGGGCCAUGUUCCCCUCGCCGUACCUGGGCGCCGUGGGUCCCGACGCCGCGGCCGGCUCCGUAGUCUACCGACUGUCGGCACGGCAACGAGACGGGACGAUCGGACAAACACAGUUCCUCCUGCUGGACAGUGGGGAGGAGCGCUUCGAGGUGGACCGUCGCUUCGAGGUGGACCGUCGCUCCGGCGACAUCAGGACCACAGGGCGACCUCUGACCCCCAGCACGGAGUACCUUCUGCGGGUGCAGGCGAUGGACGGGAGCGGACGGCGAGGCCCCGUGGCCACGGUGGCCGUGCUGGCCGGCGCCCGGCCGCCGCAGUUCACCAACGCCUCCUACGGCGUGAACGUGCCGGAGGACACGCCCGCCAGACAACCCGUCUCCGUGCUGCAGGCCGUGUCCUUCCAGAGCGGCCGGCUGUCCUACGAGCUGCUGGUGAACCCGGGGAACCUGUUCAGCAUCGACCAGGAGAGCGGCGCCCUCAGCCUCACCAGGACCGUGGACUACGAGAGCGGAAACAACCGCCACGCGCUCACGGUCCGCGCCGCCGAACCCGACACCGGCCUCAGCAGCGUGGCGGAGGUGGUGGUUCAGGUAACGGAUGAAAACGACUGCACGCCAGAGUUCCUCCACGCCAUCUACACCAGAGACCUGGUACCUGAAAGCAUCGCAGCUGGAAGCUCCCUGUUGCUAGUUCGGGCCCGUGACUGUGACUCGGGCGUGAACUCUGACCUUUCUUACUUUGUUGACGGAGAAGACUUCGACAUCUCAUCUGGGGGCGUGGUCAGCUCCGCCCGUCGCCUUGACUACGAGCGGCCCAAUCACAUCUACGAGUUCGUGGUGGUCGCCGUGGACGCGGGGACCUCCCCCCGCACGGGGACGGCCUCGGUCCGCAUCCGAGUCACCAACACCAACGACGAGGAGCCCGUCUUCUCCCAGAGCGCCUAUAAGACCUUCCUCAGUGAGGACGCCGGUCCCGAUACGCUGGUCGCCAUCGUUCACGCCAACGACCCCGAUGGAGACGGCGUCUCUUACGCCAUCACCGGGGGCAACGAGGACAGCAACUUCCUGCUGGACAAGCAGAAGGGCAUCAUCAGGCUGAGGAGGAGCCCCCCCCCGAGGCUCCGGGGGCCGCGCUACGUCCUCAACAUCACCGCCACGGACGACAACGCGUCUGGCGGCCCGUUCCCUCUCAGUAGCUCCGCCCAGGUCUUCGUGGGGAUCAACGACGUCAACAACAACAAGCCGCUCUUCCACGAGUGUCAGAACUACAGCCUGAACGCCGUGGUUCUGGAGAACCAGCCUCCGGGGACCUUCGUCCUGCAGGUCCAGGCCCUCGACGCCGACAUGGGGGUCAACGGAGAGGUCAAGUACGGCAUCGUGCACCGGGACGGGGUCUCCUCCGGGUUCCACAUCGACCCCGACACCGGCGUCAUCGCCACGACGAUGAGCUUCGACCGGGAGCGCCGCAGGGAGCGCACGCUGUCGGUGACGGCCACGGACCGGGCCGAGGACCCGCUCAUCGGGAUCUGCCAGAUCACCGUCGUCAUCGGCGACGAGAACGACAACGACCCCAAGUUUGAGAACAGCCGCUACCAGUACUUCCUGAGGGAGGACACGCCGGUGGGAACUAGUUUCCUCCGAGCGGCGGCACACGACGACGACCAGGGGAGCAACGCGGCCAUCACCUACUCGCUGUCCAAUCAGGAGCCGGCUUACCUGCACAUCAACCCGAGCACCGGAUGGAUCUUCGUGCAGCAGCCGAUCUCUCAGACGACCCGGAUCCUGCAGCAGGUGGUGGCCUCGGACCGGGGGAACCGCAGCAGCUCGGUGGAGCUCACCGUCAUCAUCACCAACGUGCACAACCAGCCGCCGCUGUGGGAGCAGCCCGAGUAUCGGGUCACCGUGCCGGAGAACACGGCGCGGGACGCCAAGAUAGUGACCAUCAAGGCGACCUCCCCGCUCGGUGACCCCCGGGUGACCUACGACCUGGAGGAGGGCCAGGUGCCGGAGACCAACAUGCCGGUGCGGUUCUACAUCAAGCCCAACCGGGCCGACAGCUCGGCGUCCCUCCUGGUGGCCGAGAACCUGGACCACGAGGCCACGCCCUCCUUCGCGCUGCGCGUGCGAGUCCAGAACGUCGCCGCCGUGCCGCUGGCGUCGUUCACCACCGUCUACGUCAACGUGACGGACGUAAACGACAACGUUCCCUUCUUCCUGUCCUCCACCUACGAGGCCACGGUGCCCGAAGGAGCUCAGAUCGGCACCUCGGUGGUUCAGGUCUCGGCCUCAGACCUGGACUCUGGUCUCCAUGGGAGGGUCCGCUAUGUGAUCCUGAAGGACCAGAGCGGUGACUCCCAGUUCUUCGGCAUCGACCCUGUGACCGGCGUCCUCGUGACUCGCUCGUCCUUCGACCGCGAGCAGAAGGCGUCGUACCUGAUCGAGGUCCAGAGCCAAGACGGGACGGAGUCAUCCAGGACGGGACAGGAGGGACCCAACACCGACACGGCGUACGUCAGGAUCUUCAUCACCGACGUCAACGACAACGCUCCGGCGUUCGCCCGGCCGGCAUACGAGGUGAGCGUUGACGAAGACGAGGAGGUCGGCUUCGUCCUCUUCACGGUCACCGCCAACGACGAAGACGAAGGAGCCAACGCCAAGCUGCGCUACCAGAUCACCUCCGGUAACUCCUUGGGCUCCUUCGGCGUGGAGCCAGAGGUGGGCGCCGUGUUCGUGGCGCGGCCGCUGGACUACGAGGAGGCGCGGAGCUACGAGCUGCGCCUCCUCGCCUCCGACGGGAAGUGGGAGAACGAGACGCUGCUGGAGGUGCAGGUGCUCAACCGCAACGACGAGGCGCCCGUCUUCAGCCGGGAGGAGUACCGCGCCUCCGUGGAGGAGGAGCUCGGCCAGCUGCCCGUCCUGGUGCUGGAGGUGUCGGCCACAGACCCGGACCAGGAGGCGGACCAGACCGCCCUCCGCUACUCCCUUCACGGCCAGGGCGCCGGCGGCGAGUUCACCAUCGACGAACGCACCGGGAGGAUCUACGCCCAGCGGCGCCUGGACCGCGAGGAGCGCCCGGCCUGGAGGUUCCUCGUCCUCGCCACGGACGAGGGAGGGGCGGGACUCACGGGGUUCGCCGACGUGCUGCUGGAGGUCACGGACGUCAAUGACAACGCGCCUUUCUUCCCGUGCCCGGCGUUGGAAACAGACGGGUGUUUUGUCGGCCGGGUGCCCGAAAAUUCGCCCACCGACACCUCGGUCAUGGAGAUGCACGCCGUGGACCUGGACGACCCCAACGAGGGCGGGAACGCCGCGCUGACCUACAGCAUCGUCGGGAACGUCCGCAACGAGAUCAACCUGGACCUGUUCUCCAUCAACGCCAGCACGGGGACCGUCUACACGGUGCUGCGUUCGCUGGACCGGGAGGCGGAGCAGCGCUACCUGGUGGUGGUGGAGGCCAAGGAUGGAGGGGGGCUGGCGGGGACGGGCACGGCCACCAUCACGGUCUCAGACGUCAACGACCACCCGCCCGUCUUCACUCAGCGGCUCUACGCCGCUCAGGUGAUGGAGGACCUGGAGGUGAACAGCGAGGUUCUCGUGGUUUCCGCCACGGACGGCGACGAGGGAGAGAACGCCGCGGUCACCUUCAGCAUCGUCGGCGGCGACGAGGACAGGAAGUUCUUCGUGGAGACGGACAGAGCGAACCGCCGCGGCGUGAUAAGGCUCAAGAAGAAGGUCGACUUCGAGAAGCCCCACGAGAGGACCUUCAAUCUGACGCUGAAGGCCGAGGACGCCGAUUUCUUCGGCCUGGCCCACUGUCUGGUCCGGGUGGAGGACGCCAACGACCACGCGCCCGUGUUCCUGCCGCAGUUCUACGAGUCGCCGCCGAUGCCCGAAGACGUUCCCGUGGGGACGAUCGUCGCCCAGGUCACGGCGUCCGAUCUGGACUCGGCCCAGAACGGGCAAUUCUCUUACAGCAUUUCGAAGGAGUCGGACCCCAACGGUCAGUUCCUGGUGGACCAGUCCGGUUGGGUGGUGGUGGCCGACGCCCUCGACAGGGAGAAGAUCUCGCGGCACAGGAUCGUGGUCCUCGCCGCGGACGCCGGGAGCCCGCCCAUGACCGGCACCGCCAUCGUCAUGGUCACCGUGCUCGACGUUAACGACAACGGGCCGGAGUUCGAGGCACUCUACAGGCCGGUCGUUUGGGAGAACGCGCCGGCGCCCCAGGCGGUUCGGAUGAACGCCACCUCCCUGCUCCUCCACGCCGCCGACCGGGACGCCUCCGCCAACGGGGCCCCGUUCUCGCUGCGGCUGCUCCUGCUCACCUCGGACGCCACCAACUUCAAUCUCACGGACUUCCGGAACGGCAGCGCGGCCGUCACCGCCCUCCGGACCUUCGACCGCGAGCGGCAGAAGGAGUACCGCCUCCCGAUCCUCAUGAUUGACAGCGGCUCUCCACCAAUGAGCUCCACCAACACGCUGACGGUCGUCAUUGGCGACAGGAACGACCACCCUCACUCGCCAGGACAUGUCGACUUCAUCGUCUACAGUUACGAGGGCGUUCUCCCGACGACGGUACUGGGACGGGUUCGAGCCCCCGACCUCGACGACUGGAGUGAGAUGGAGUUCCAGUUCGAGGGCAAACCAUCCAGGUGGUUCAGUCUGAACCAGACCUCAGGUCAGCUCAGUGUGAGGGGGGGGGCUCCUCCCGGCUCCUACCGCCUGCAGGUGCGCGUGGUGGACCACACCUGGCCUGCCGUCACCUCCUCGGCUCAGGUGGAGGUGAGGGAGCUGCAGGCCGACGCCCUGAGGAACGCCGCCUCCCUCCGCAUCCACAACAUGACGGUGGAGGAGUUCUUCAGCGGUGGAGGAGGUGGGGGGAGUCCGUUCUCCCGUCUGGGUCGGGCGCUGGCCGACCUCCUGCAGACGGCGCCUCUGGACGUCCAGAUCUUCUCGGUGGGCGGAGCCGGGCGGGGCGGCGAGGAGGCGCUCGCCGUCUGGUUCUCAGCUCGCGGUUCUCCGUUCCUCAAGAAGGAGAAGCUGCUCGGCUACGUGGCGGCUAACAGAGCUCAGCUGGAGGCCGUGUUGGGGGCGUCGAUCUCUCAGGUGGGCGUCGACGAAUGUCCGUUCGCCGACUGCGGUCCGUCCGCGGGCUGCAGCAGCGAGGUUUCCUUUAGCCACGCCCCCGUGGCGCUCAGCGCCGGCAGCACCUCCCUGGUGUCGCUGUCGGCCUCCACGGCGGCGCGGUGCGGCUGCCGGGGCCGGGAGGCGGUCCACCCGCCGUGCUCCGCCCACCCCGCCGGCCCCUGCCUCAACGGGGGGGCCUGCCAGGACGGACCGCUGGGCUACAGGUGUAGCUGCACCUCCAUGUUCGACGGGCCCGAGUGCCAGCAGACCAGACGCAGCUUCGGCGGCCGCGGCUACGCCUGGUUCCCUCCCAUCAUGCUUUGCUUCCAGAGCCACGUCUCCCUGGAGUUCCUGGCCGAGUCGCCCGACGGGCUGCUGUUGUACAACGGCCCGCUCGGCCCCGCCCACUCCGGGAAGCCCGGCCCCGCCCACUCCGGGGAGCCGGAGGACUUCAUCGCCGUCGAGUUGAGGAACGGGGUUCCGGCUCUGAGCGUAAACCACGGAUCUGGAUCGCUGACCCUGCAGCUGGAGUCCACCGUCACCGACCGGCGCUGGCACCGCCUCGACAUCCUGAGUGACGGGAAGGCCGUCCAGCUGAUCCUGGACCAGUGUGGGGGGGCGGUGGUGAAUGAGCUGGAGGGGGUCGGGGGGGGAAGCCAGGAGACGGAUGAGUCCGGAUGCAGAGCUGCAGGAGAAACGCCAGGAGACAAGAGGUACCUGAAUGUCUUCCAGCCUCUUCAGCUUGGAGGAGUGAAGGAAGCUUCUCCUCAUCAACGUUAUCGCAGCUUCACCGGCUGCAUCCGCAACCUGGUGGUGGACAGCCAGGUGUACGACCUGGCCUCCCCAGGUGAGAGCGUGGACAGCGCUCCCGGCUGCCGGCUGACGGACGGCGUGUGCGUGACGGCAGCCGGGCCGUCCUGCGGCGCUCACGCCUCCUGCCUCGCCGACUGGGGCGCCUUCAGCUGCGAGUGCCACCCGGGGUUCACCGGACCCCAGUGUGACAGCGCCCUCCCAGAGUUCUCCUUCCUCUCCGGUGUGGUCCGCCUCCAGCUCCGAGUCUCCAGCAGUUCUCGCCACAGCAGCGUUCAGCUCCUCCUCCGAAGCCGCGCCUCCUCUGGGACGCUCCUCUCCGUGACGUCCCGACAGGCCGGCGAGUUCAUCGUGCUGGAGAUCGCGGAGGGCCACCUGUCCGUCAGGGCCGACCUCGGGGACGGCCCCCGCUCCCUGCGCCUCCUCGGCCAGCGGGUGGAUGUGGGUCGGUGGCUGCUGGUCGGCCUCCAUCGCCACGACAACCUGUUCACGCUGAGGCUGGAGCGGGGGGGCGGCUCGCGGGAGGUCCAGGCCCGGCUGGGGGGCCGGCGCGAGAUCGUGGUUCACCCGGCCAGCGUGGCGGUCGGCGGCGGGUCGAAUGCCGGAGACGAGGCCGACUUUAAGGUAAACUGA